GGGACUGCUUAGAAGGCUCUGGUGGUGAUGUUGAUAAAGACAAGACGUUCACGACGACACAGUUUUGACGUUUGACAGAUGCAAUAUUUACGCCUCAUCUCGGCUGCUGCUACGUGGAAAAGUUAUCAGAACCUCCUUUUCCUGUUGGCUAGUCGCAAAACGGGUGUCUGUAAUUUUAACUGGUGGGCGUGAGAUCAUUGCGCCAGUGACACCGAGGUAACCUUCGUUUAUGAUGUUUUGAAUCACAGCAACCAGCCUUUGAACACCAAUCAUGGACAACCAAGGAUCCGAGGAGCCUCAAGUCAACAGGAAAAUACCUAUUGAGUCAUUGACCAAAGAGGAUCUCAUCAAAAAAUACCGGCAAGCCAUUAUAAUUGCUCAAAAGGCAAAGGAAUCGAAAGGGGAACUGAUCAAACUAUUUUCUGAACAAGAAAAGGUUGUCCAAUCUCUCGAAGAAAGGCUACAGAAAUGUGAAGAUGAGAAAACUAAGGAGGCUGAUUUAAGAGCUGGCUUAGAGCAUGAGCUCAAAUAUGCACAAGAUACAAUUGAAUCCCUGAAGAUUAAUAGGGUAAGCAAUGGAAGAGAUAAAGAAGAAACGGAAACAAGUGAAAGUGUUCACCUGAAAGCACCGCUUGAAUCUGACCUUGCCAAUUGUCGCUCAGCAGAAUUAGAAUUGUCAAAUGAAAAAAUUAAUGCCUUGGAAUCUGAAUUAUUACAAUCCAAAAUUGACUGUCAAAGACUUAAUGAUUUAUAUGGUCAGGUUCAAAAGCUUGUGGAUGAAAAAGACAAUGAAUUGAGGUGUUUACAAGAAGCUCAGGAUAGGGACAAGGAGCUAAGUGAAAACACUAAAAUGGAUUUUACAUCAAAAAUCCAGUCCCUUCAAGAAUCCUUAGACAGUGCAAAAAGGGAAAAUAUGGAAGAAAAUUUAAUAAAUGAAAAAAAGAUACACUCUCUUGAAGAAUUACUGCUCAGUAAAGAUGAGGACAUCAAGAAACAAGAAGAAAGCAUUUCCAAGAUGAAUGUGCUAGUAGAAACAAUUCAAAGGGAACUUAAUGAUAAACAGGAUGUCCUUGACCGCUUCAACAGCAAGAUGAAAGAUCUCGAAAACCAAGUUGAAGCUUACAAAACAUUGCUUGAUGAAAAGUCCUGCAAGAGUGAAAGCCAGGAGGUUGAAAAAAAUAAAACAAUAGAUCAUUUUAAAGAAGAAAUUUCGAAAAAAGAUCAAGAAUUAUGUUCAGCAGAAAACACUAUCAUGGGAUUGUCGAUUGAACUACAAAAUGCCAAAGAAAAUUUAGCCAAACUGGAACAGCUGUCUUCAGAGCUUUCAUCUAAAGUAGAUUUACUUGAAUUGGAGAAAGGCACUUCCUCUGAUAAUAUAGCUUCUCUUGAAAGGGACCUUGCAGAUAUGAAAAAUAACCAAUUGGGAGAGGAAGAGAAGCAGAGAACACUUGAGUUGGAGACUCAAGUUGGAGAACUUCAAGAGGCAUUAUCAGCAAAGAAUAAAUUGUUGAAAAGUAGCAAAGUAACUAAAUUUCUCCUUGAAUCUCAAGUAGAACAUUUUACCACAUUAGUAGAAGACCACACAAAACGUAUCGAAGAAUUGAAAAGGGAAAAUGAUGAACUUCAAAAUGGUGUCCUUGAAAGGGAUGAAGCAAUGCAAAAGAAGUGUGAAGAUAUUUCCCAUUUAUCGACACGAGUUUCGGAGCUGGAGAAUGAGCUGAGUGCUUUCAGUCAGGAGAGAUCAGAUUUGAUUCAUGUGAGGGACAAAAUAAAAGAGCAGCUUACCGAAAGUGAAAAUCAAAUAAAAAGCUUUGAGGCCAGACACUCAUCCAGCUUGCAGAUUGAGCAAGAGUUGCGUGAGCAGGUAACUUCUCUUCAAGCUGUUUUGUCUAGUAAAGACAAAUUAAUCCAAGACCUUGAACAAGAGGUGUCAAAGCUAAAAGAUUAUGCUGCUAAUGAAUCAACAAACACUGAAGUGUCAAGUACAUUCUCUUUGAGCCGUGCGGAGGAACUAUCACGAAUGAAAGAUUUGGAGGACUCUUUUGAGGACAAAUAUACUAAGCUCAGGGUUGUGGCUGUGAAGCUGAAGAAGAGAGUGACAGAGCUUACUCAAACACUCGAGAUGGAACGUUCCAAAAUGGGAACAGAAAAGUCGGACCUUCAAGCUAAAUUAACUCAGAUAGCAUCACAUGCUAAAACUGUGCAGACACUUCAAAAUGAAGUGGACCGCUUGCAAGACUUGGUUGAGGAGCAGAAAAAACAACAUCAGCAACUCUCCAAGGACCUUGAGUUGGCUGUGAAGGAAUCUGCUUCAAAAAAAUUCGAACUUGCCUCAGUUCAAGAGGAGCUUCAGCGCACUGCAAAUGAAAAAAAGAACUUGGAAGUAUCUCUAUCCAGUUUGGAGUCUGCUCUCACACAAGCUGGUGGUCUCCAAAGUGAAAUUGAGAAACUUCAGAAAGAAUUGAAGGAAAAGGAAUGCAUUAUAGAAAGCUUUAAAGAAGAAAAGCAGUCAUUGUCUGAACAACUAGAAAAAGUUUGUGUAGAUGCUAAGAAGAAAAGUGUCUUGAGCCUGGAGAUGGCUGAUAUGGAGAAAUCUGUAUCUGAGCUAACUCGUCAGCUUUCCUCUGAACGAGAUCGUUUGAAAAGUUCUGAAAAUGAAGUGCAACAAGGACGUGUGUCCCUCUCAUCCCUGGAGGACCAGUUAAAUAAAAUAGAAACUAGUCUUGUAGACAAAGAAAUUGAAAAUAAGAAGCUGCAUGAAAAACUGUCCUUGGCCAAAGAAGAAAGUGAAAACUUGCAAACCAAAUUAAAAGAAAAGGAGGCAACUGCUGCGCAACUCUCCAAUGAUUUGGAGAAGCAGCGAUCUCUUGUGGAAGAACUCAAUAUACAAUGUUCCAAUCUUGCUGCUAAGCAAGUGCAAGCUGAAGAACAUGCUAGACAUCAGAUUGAUUCUCUAAGUCGGCAGGUAUUCCAGUUAGAAGAGCACUCCUCAGCUCUGAAAGGCUCUUAUAAGGCCCUAGAAGAUGAACUUGCCUCAGUAAAAACAGAGUUUGAAAACUAUAAAGUACGUGCUCAAAGUGUGCUGCGUCAAUCAACCAAGCAAGAGGAUCGAAUGAUUUCUUCAAGUACUUUCCAUAAUGCUGAAGAGCUAGAAGUUGAAGUAGAACGUCUUCGUGUCAAUAUCAGCAACUUAAAGGAAAACUUAAAGCUCACAACCUCUCAGCUGCAAGCAGCACUGCAAGAUGUUGGUGUUGAGAGAGAAGAGAAAAUAUGUGCUAUAAAACAAGCUCAAGCAUCAAAAGAAUUGUACACUCAGGCAAUUGAGCGACAACAUGCUGCUGAAGAGCGUCUUGCUGUAGUACUUGAGGAGUCAAAACAGGCUAAACUUCACUCAGACAUGCUCCUUCAAUGUUACAAGCAACAACUUGAUGAUUUAAAAAUAACUCAUCAGAAGAAAAUUGCAAGUCUCACAGAACAAAUAGAAAAUCUUCAAGCAUCCAUCACCAACCCAGUUUUGCAGCGAGUUGAAAGUGAUCAAGCAUCUAGUGUCCAGAGUGGUCCUUCCCCUGUUGCCGAAUGGGCAGUUAACUUGUCAAAUACUGCUAUUUCAGACCCUGAUUUGGCUCUGCGUUUAUCCUCCUUGCAGCGGGAAGAAGGAGAGGGGUCUGAAAGUGUUGAAUCUUUCCCAUCACGUCGUAUUUCUGUUACAACUCAAGACAGAAGACAUGAGCUGGUGCCCCUAGAUAAGCUCCUCUCAUCUUCAACUUAUCCUGAAGAUGAAUCUCCAGAAAUGGCUCGGACUAAUUCCUCUGACUUAGAUGUAGAUCUGCUACAGUCUAAACUUUGUGCAUGCGAAUCAAGAGCAUCCCACUUGACUGCUCUACUGAGUGAGGCUGAAAGUGAUGCUGCUCGAUUAUCACAAUUAAAUGCUGUUUUGAAAGAAGAAAUCAGAAGACAGCAGCGCAGUGAAGAAAGAGCACAGCAUGCUCACAACUUAGAGUAUUUGAAAAAUAUAGUUGUGAAGUUUAUCACCCUUCAAAAUGGAGAUGAACGUCAACGAUUAGUUCCUGUACUCAACACAAUAUUGAAACUCAGCCCUGAAGAGGCCAAUUUAGUUGCCACUGUUGCAAAAGGAGCUUCCCAAGGCAAUGCUCCAGGUCGCGGAUGGGGUAGUUACCUUCCUUUGCCAGGUUGGACUGGGUCUUAAGAAACACUAUAGUACUAAGUCUUUUUAAAUUCUGCUUGGUCUGUGAUAUGCCACCUGCAAUGUAAAUGUGCAGAUCUCCAGAGCAUUUUCAAACCACAAUAUUAAUUCCUUGAAUAAUUUGAUUAUAUAGUGCCUCUGUAGCUGGAAGUCAAAACAAUGUAUUACAUUAUUUACAUUGCAAUCCUUUUCAUCAUUUUGUUUCUGAAAAGCACGGAUGGUCAAUCCAUUGUGUUAAGUAUUAUGAUAAAUUAUUAAAUUAUUAAUCCCUCUUGAUAUUGGUGAUUGUGUGUGUUGGAUUUUAAGUAAUAUCACAAUGACCUUGGCUUUUCUGUGAUCAUCCUCAAAUUAUCUAUCUAACCUGGUUUCAUAAUUUGAUAUGUGGCAGAGUACCAAGUAAAAAUCAUGUUCCUGCUCCUAAGCCUGAUAUUUAAGUAUACAAUGCAAUAAAUACAAUUCAGUAGUACGCUUGUAUUAACCUUUGAAAUGUGAUAGGUUUUGAAAUAAUGUUAUAUUUAUUAUUGGAAAUGUAAGGAGUGUUAAAGUUUUGUGUUGGGGGGCAAGAUGGGGUGAAAUAUUGCUUAUUCGGUGCAUGAAUAACACCACAAUAAAUUACAAUAAAGUAAUCAUUUUAAAAAAUA